AUGCAUUUCAAGGAGUCGUUUGCGAUGAACGAUCGUCCGAACGAGCGCGGCCGUCGCAACUCCCGAUGCAAGGGCGCUGGCGUCAAGAUGGAGCAUUUCCAGGCGGCGCUGGACCCUCGCAAGCAGGAGCUGCUGGAGGCUCGCUUUCUGGGCGCCAAGGUGAGCGCAGGGGCGAUACUAGUAGAAACCCAACGAGUCACCGAGUUCAAGACGAUGUCAGCUGGGUCACAAAUUCAGAUGGCACCACAAACUACUGUCAACACGGGGCAGCCACUACAUAAUCAGGACUCCAAUAUGAGCACAGGGUCUUCGCAUAGUGAUAAAGAAAUAGAUGCUUUGACACCUGAAAAGUCAGCUGCUAUGAGAGGUUCAAAUGCAGUCCCUGGCAGUGCUCUUGUACCACCAAGUGGUGCCACACCUACUAUAGCGAUGCCAGAAAGGAAAAGAAAACGAAAAGGUGACGAAGGUGUUGGCGGUGGUGGAGGAGGUGGUGGCAAACAAAGGCAUAACUCAUCAGACAAAAAUAUUAGAGAAUAUUUUUCAAAACAUCCCUCAUCUAGUCCUGUCCGGCAUGCUGGUGCAAAGUCACCUUCGCCACAGGGCGCAAACUACCCUAUGUACCCACCUUCACCUUCAUCAUCACUGCCCUUGGGAGCUGAUUUUCUACGUUCCGCCUCGCAACAGAGACCUCACACUUCUGAAAAAAAGAUUUCAACAGAACUGACAUGUCAGAGGAUACAAGAGUUAGAAACUCAAGCUUCGUCUGACUUAGAACUAAGGAAUAAUAGAAUAGAAGAAUUAACAAGAAAUAAUGAAGAGCUAAAACACCAGGUUCAAGCACAGAGCAAGGUGAUAGAUCAACAAAAAUCACAUAUAAAUAAAUGUAUAGAAGUGGUUAAGAAAUUGUUAAAUGAGAAAAGUACUAUUGAAAAAAAGGAAGCUAGACAGAGAUGUAUGCAAAAUAGAUUAAGACUUGGUCAGUUUGUUACUCAGCGUGUUGGCGCUACCUUCCAAGAGAAUUGGACUGAUGGAUAUGCAUUUCAAGAAUUAACUAGGCGGCAAGAAGAAAUAACGGCAGAAAAAGAAGAAAUAGAUAGGCAAAAGAAGCUGUUGUCAAAGAAGCGGCCGUCGAACGAGGGCGGCGGCGGGCGCGGCAAGCGCACGUCGAGCGUGUCCGCGCCCGCCACGCCGCAGCCGCAGCCGCUGCACAACGGCACCGACGCGCCCACCUUCCUCAAGCCCGACCCCCUGCCCAGCAUGACGUGGCAGGAGUAUUACGAGGCUGAUGAAAUACUUAAGUUGAGGCAAAGUGCCUUAAAGAAAGAAGAUGCAGAUUUGCAGCUAGAGAUGGAGAAAUUAGAAAGGGAAAGAAAUUUACAUAUUCGAGAGCUUAAACGGAUACACAAUGAAGACCAAAGUCGUUUCUCACAGCAUCCUGUGCUCUCGGAGAGGUAUUUACUCUUAAUGCUACUAGGCAAGGGUGGUUUCAGCGAAGUGCACAAAGCGUUCGACCUGCGCGAGCAGCGCUACACGGCGUGCAAGGUGCACCAGCUCAACAAGGACUGGAAGGAGGACAAAAAGGCCAACUACAUCAAACAUGCACUGCGGGAGUAUAAUAUACACAAGGCUCUUGAUCACCCACGAAUUGUAAAGCUGUAUGAUGUUUUUGAAAUAGAUGGAAAUUCGUUUUGUACAGUACUCGAAUACUGCAAUGGCCAUGAUCUCGAUUUUUAUCUCAAACAGCAUAAAACAAUACCGGAGCGUGAGGCCAGGUCCAUAGUGAUGCAAGUGGUGUCUGCACUAAAGUACCUGAACGAGAUCAAACCGCCGGUCAUCCACUACGACCUGAAGCCCGGCAACAUCCUGCUGACCGAGGGCAAUGUGUGCGGUGAGAUCAAAAUAACAGACUUUGGACUGUCCAAGGUCAUGGAUGAGGAGAACUAUAAUCCUGACCACGGCAUGGAUCUCACCAGUCAGGGUGCUGGCACUUAUUGGUACUUGCCGCCAGAGUGCUUCGUAGUUGGCAAGAACCCACCAAAGAUAAGUAGUAAGGUGGAUGUGUGGAGCGUUGGUGUCAUCUUCUACCAGUGCCUGUACGGCAAGAAGCCGUUCGGCCACAACCAAAGCCAGGCGACAAUACUGGAGGAAAACACCAUACUAAAGGCUACUGAAGUUCAGUUUGCCAAUAAACCUACAGUCAGUAACGAGGCUAAGAGCUUCAUCCGCGCGUGCCUAGCGUACCGCAAGGAGGAGCGGAUCGACGUGUUUGGGCUGGCGCGGCACGAGUACCUGCAGCCGCCCAUGCCAAAGCCGCGCGGCGCGGCGGCGGGCGCAGGCGGCGGCGCGGGUGCGGGUGCGGGCGCGGGGGGCGCGGGCGCGGCGCCGGCCGCCUUCAGCGCGGGCCUGUUCGCGGCCGGCUCGUCGUCC